CAAGUUAGAUAAGAGUCUCCUCAUUAUCAUCAUCAUCAUGGCACAUUCACUAACCACAAUACCACCCACCACCACAACAAAAACACCCAUCUCAACCAAAUCCAAGAGGGCAGUUUUGCACAUUCCAUCUUUAGGGUUUCAAAGAAUUUGGGCUUGCCAUCAACAUUCUAAACAAGUUUUUGAUGAUCAUAAACCCAUUCAUAGAAGGGAUGUGACAUUAGGCUUGGUAGGGGCAGCGCUAGGGUUGAGUGUUGGUAGUCGGGAUGCGUCCGCUGCCGGUCGGAGGUCACCACCGCCUUCGACGGAGGAGAAGAAAGACCCUAAUGUGAGUGGUGUGCAAGCCAAAGUACUAGCUAGCAAGAAGAGGAAGGAGGCCAUGAAACAAUCUAUUGCCAAACUAAGAGAGAAAGGAAAACCUCUAAAUGAGCCUGCAAAGGAGCCACAAAAGGAGCCUGUAAAAGAAAUAGUAAAUGAGCCUGCAAAGGAAAUUGUAAAUGAGCCUUCUGAGUAGUCCUCUCUUUAGACUUGAAAUUGACUUCAUAUUUGAGAAACUUCCCAUUUAUUUUGCACAAAUAUUAUUAUACAUAUGAUUUUGUAUUUGACUAGUGUCAAUCCAAAUUUGUAUUUGAAGAGUUUACAGAUAUUUGAUUGACAUCUUGACGUUA